AUGGAGAAAUUACCUGUGUCCUACUGCGAAAAGGAAAUGAUUUGGAGUGGUGCCAAGAAGAAAUUGGAAUAUGACGAUGAUACAUCUGCGGGUGAAAUUAUAUUCAAUAACAUGAGAAAUUGGCCUAAACACGUGUGCCAGAUUUGUGAUACCGAUGGCGUUACAGUUACGUUUGAGCAGGCCCUUUCCUGGGCAAUUCGUAUGGCUCAGGUAUUUAAGAAACGAGGUCUUACCCAUAAGGAUAUCAUUGGGAUUGUGGCUGAAAACUCAACAUACCUGAUGCCUCUGGCAGUGGCCUGUUUACUUAACGGGACGCCCUUCCAUUCACCCAUUUCAAUAAUGGAUAAAGAAAAUUUAAAAAACGUGUUCUUGCAAACCAAGCCGGGUCUGAUUUUCUGUGAUGGCAAUGAAUAUGAAAAAGUUCAAGCGGCCACCAUAGAAUGGCAGCCAGAGAUUUUCACCAUUACAGAUCACCUCGAAGGGGUGUCGAGUAUAGAAGCCCUUUUAGUUCCUACAGAUAGUGAGCAGUUUUACCGGCCCGAACCUUUGCAGGAGGGAGGCAAACAAACCGUGGCAAUUCUCUGUUCCUCGGGAACAACAGGUCCACCGAAGUGUGCACACUUUUCCAGCACCAGGUUAAUAUCUCAGACGCUUCUAGAUUGUGGACCUGUUCUCUUUUCAACGACCAGCCUUAGCUGGAUGAGUGGACUGUGGUUUUUAAUGGUCACAACUGCAUUACGCACCACCCGUCUAAUCACCAAAAACCCCUUCACUCCCCUGUACAUUUUGCAGCUGGUUGAGAAGUAUAAGGUUUCCUGCCUUUCCGUAUCACCUGCCAAUACUGUGGCCCUGAUUAAUUUUCCCGGAGCAACAGCGGAAGUCUUGACUUCCAUACGAUAUUUGUUGCUCGGCGGAACGAUAAUAUUUCCGGCAACCGUACAGCGUUCUCGAGAGCUCUUCAAAGGUGCGAUCGUGACCACUAUAUAUGGAAUGACUGAGUCGGGUGUCAUAGCAUCUGGAAUUGGUAACGAUAAAGCGGUAGGUUGGCCCGCGCCAGGAGUACGAGUUCGAAUUGUAGACGAGAAGGGCGAAAAUUUGGGACACAAUCAGAUUGGCGAGGUGUAUGCACAUACCGGCGAGACUUGGAAAGGUUACUUCGAAAAUCCCGAGGAGACUAGUCGCAUGCAGGACCCCGAGGGCUGGUUUCACACCGGAGAUCUGGGCUACUUCGAUGAGCGCCACUAUCUUUAUUUGGUCGAUCGUCGUAGAUCAACUCUCAAGUACCAGUAUGUUCAUUAUUGGCCGGGGGAGAUUGAAAAUGUAAUUUCAGAGCUAAAGGAGGUGCAGAACGUGUGUGUAGUGGGCAUCCACAAUGAGUUAACCGGCGAUGAGGCGGGUGCAUUGGUGGUCACAAAGAAAGAAUCGGUUAUAAGUGCCAAGGAUAUUAUCGACCAUGUAGCCAGGCGGUUGCCAGGAGUUCACAGACAGCUACAUGCCGGAGUUCAGUUCACCGAGGAACUGCCAGUCAAUCCAAAUGGGAAAACUGAUCGAAAGGCAGCGCGGGAUAUUUUUAUAGCCCUAAUAGCAGCAGCAAAACUUUAA